GGGGGCGGGGGCGGGGGCGGGAGCGCGAGCGGGGGCGGCGCGCGCGGCGGCGGCGGUUGGGCGCAUGGAGCGCGGCGCGGUGCGGCGCUUCGCCGCCCAGCUGGGCCUCGCCGAGCCCGGCGUCAUCAGGAAGGCUGAGGAGUACCUGCGGCUGUCCCAGGUGAAGUGCGCGGGAUUCAUGGCGCAGCUGACAGCGACGAGCAGUGCCGUGAUGUGCCUGGACCUAGCAGCUAGCUUCAUGAAGCAACCAGCGGACAAAAGCUCCUUUGUUAAACUCUCUGGUUUGAACAAGACAACUUACCUGAGCUCCGUGAAGUCUUUGGAGUGUUUGCUAGGGGUGAACUCCAGACUGGGAAUACGAGACUUAGCUGUGCAGUUCUGUUGCACGGAGGCAGUGAGCACCGCUUCAAAAAUAUUACAGAGGUAUGAAUCUAGCCUCUCUGAAGUACAGCAAACGGACCUUGAUUUCUCAAAGCCACUGUUUACAACAGCUGCACUAUUCACUGCAUGCAGGCAGUUGAAGAUAAAAGUAGACAAGUCUAAAAUGGUGGCUACAUCUGGGGUGAAAAAAGCAAUAUUUGAGCGGCUGUGCAGUCAGCUGGAGAAGAUGAGUCAGCAACUCAGCAAAGAUGAUGUUCCUUUGGCUGCUGAGACACCUGAAAGCCUGCAGACCAAGCUGGAGCACUGUGAGAAGGAAGAUGAAUCUGAAGAUGAUGAUGAUGAGAUGCCAUGUAAACGGCCAAAGACUGAAACAAAGCAAGACUAUGAAGAGUGGAAAAAGAGAAUCCUGGAAAAUGCUGCUAAGGCACAAAAGACAAAUAGGAGUACUGCCUCUAAAGUGCCAUCUAGCAAUAUCACUGCUGCUUGCUCCUAAUUUUAACUCCCCUUCCACUCUAAGAAGACUUCAGUAGCAUGUGGAGCAGUGGUUGGCUCAUAGCCAACUAGUUUUAUUUAUGAGAUAGUUUUUAAAAUAUUUAAGAAUGUUUUUAUUAAAUGACACCAGAAUUAUGGUGAUUUUGCAAGAAUAAGCAUCUUUGGAACACUAGCAAGGCUGGUGCCUGAGCAGCUAUGGCAUUAGGUGGUAGGAUAGCUCAAUUUCUCUCACUGCAAGGAGGUAACAUUUUAAUGCAACGUUAAGUGUAAGUUACAAGUUACUUGCCUUUGUGCCUCUGGCUGGAAGUAGCCAGUAAAAAAAAGAGAAAGGGAAUUAGUGCCUUGUUAACAGCAAAAAUAUUAAAGAGUUUGAUAAACUGUUUUUACUGCCAAAGAAGUACUGUUCAGAUGCUGAAGUUGACAUGGUUUUUAUGAUCUGUGUGGGACCAAUGCCUCUUAUACAUGUAAGGGGCCCCAAAUAGUCCAAGAAACAAUAAAGAUACCUGGGGGAAAACUUGG